GUAAGUGCAUGCAUGCACCAAUGCUACAUUGAUCGCUGACCGCGGUCCGUUCCAAUUUUUAUCCAGUAAUCCGUGCGUUGGUGCUGCUCGUAUCUUCAGUUUCAGGUCUAUGGCAUUAAGUGUGCUCACCAAAAACUGGAGACUUUUUUGGGCCUAAGAUAGCAGGAGAUUGGAUCCAGAUGUAGACAAAUUAAACCAACUCUGAAUAUGAGCACUUUACAAGCAUUGCAGCUAUCCAGAAAAGGUGGUCAUGUGUAUGACAGUGGCUGGUAUAAAGAUGGACGAGUGUAUGAAACUCUGGUAAACUGCAUGUCUUCGCCCAAAAUUUCAUCUGAAAUUGCCCCUCCAGUUCUUCAAAAUUGUAGUAGCACUUUGAAGGAAAAUGAUGAACAGCAUCCACCUGACAUUUCUGAGGGCUCUUACAUUGGCAUUGAAGACUGUGGAAAUGUAGAAGAGGAAGGCAGCUUUUCCAACAAUGCAUCAUCAUCAACUUUACUGUAUAGCACAAGAGACAUUAAGUUAGACGAUAUCCAAGCGACGUUAGCCUUGGUUAAGACUGGCAUACUGGAAAUAUUAAUCCAUGAAUGCGAACAACAGUGGGAUAAACUGCCAAAGGAAAGAGCAAACGAACGUCGACUUAAAUUAGAAGAGCUGUGUCGGCAUCUUCAUGAUCAAGCAAGCAAGAGCUCUUCAAUGCUCGCUGAACAACUAGAUGAGAAGACACGUAUGUCGUUGCAAAGUGUGCAAUGUACUUUGCGCGACAAAGAAGAAAUGAGGCUGCAGCGUGUUCAACACCAGCAAGAUCGUUACAAGUUGCAUGUCAAGAGAAUGGAAGUCAAAUUGAAGACAGCAAUUCAGAAAAAAGUUGAAGCGGAAGAAGAAGCUGAACACAAGCGAAGAGUUGCUGAAAGACAGGCCUACCUUGAUAGCAUGAUGAAUGUCCACAAGCAAAUCAAAGAAUCUUCCAAGAAAAUUUGUCUUCAGUUGGAAAAGGACAAACAAAAAGAUUUUCUUCAUCCUGAUGCAGUAAAAAUCAAGGAGAAUGUUGAUCAGUUGUCACAGCAGGCUGAUCGGCUGUUAGCUGAUGCAAAGCUGAAGGGAGCAUCAAUGGAUUUGGUGGAAAACAUGCAUAAAAUUAUUGAAUCACUUAUGAUUCAUCAAGAACGUGCUUCCAGAAUAAUUGCUGAAGCUGACAGAUUGUCUCAAGAGGAUGCGGCAAGGAAGGUACGGGAGGCCCAACAGCAAGCAGCAGCAGCUGUAGCAAUAACACAUACACCAAAAUCAGAAUUAUCACCACUAGCUCAAACAUCCCUCAAAACCAGUCAAAAUUCAGUACUUCAAAAAGCAAUCUCAGCUGAUGCAUUGGAGGAAUAUGAGGGAAUUAGAAAUAAACAUAAGGCAGUGAUGGACUCCUAUGGAAAACUUGCUCAAACAUCUGACCCUCAGUUGAAAAAGUAUCGAUUUGACCUCCAAAAGGCUGUGAAUGUCCCUGUAAAUGCCAUCUCUAAUCAGUGUGGUUCCCAUCUGAUGGACAAGCUGCAACGACUAAGAUCACUACUCUUAGGAGAAAUGGUGAAUGUGUCUGGCCGAAGGGUGUCUGCAUCUCAGAACACAGAGGGCCAACCAUUUGUGAAAGAUCUUUUGGCCAAGAAAAUAGUGAAACAAAGUGAUGAACAGGUGUCAUCCAACUAUGAGUCAGCAUUUCCAUUUGCAGCCAUUGCUGUUACUCUGUGGUGUGAAUUCCCAGACGUUGGAGAGCUUAUGUUAGCACACUUCUACCUCAAGUGCCCCUUCCUAGUACCCUACCAUAUCACCAAGAGUCAAGAUCAGUCGAAUGAGGACUAUUACAAAUCACUGGGUUACAAUUAUGAGAGUGAUGGUGUCGUAGAGAAGCAAGACAAGUACCUGCGGAGGAUGUCUGGUUUUAUGCGUCUGUAUGCAGCAAUCAUGAUCACACAACCAAUGCCAGGCACCAAAAAGGUUCACCCAUAUGGAAUAGAUCAUGCAUGGAAAUGGUUAGCACGACUGCUCAAUGUGGAACCCCAACCAGACAUUACUGCAACAAUGCUUUUUGAUUUCUUAGAGGUGUGUGGUAAUGCUCUCACUGCCGCGUACAGUAGACAGUUCUUCAAGCUCAUCCGAGUGCUUUACAAAAACUACUUCCCUAAAAUUGUGGCUGUAACUCCCAAAGGGUCUGGAGGGCCUGUUGUGAGACUCCAGACAUUCCUUGAGAGGGUCAUUAAAGAGCAACAGAUACAGCCACCGAAAGGGAAACUUCAAGCUGACUUCUGGAGAACGUGACAUUUUUCCGACACUCAAGUUCUCCAUGCCCAUCAGCUUUAACCUUUUACUCUAACUCUAACUUGUGGAUAAAAAACUGUCUUCUCUGAACCUGUCAGAUCUGCUCUGAAUCCAAAGUUUUAAUUAAAUCCAAACCCAAGCGGCAUAGGUGCAAACAGGGCUGGAUUAAUGCUCCAGGCACCAGAGUUAUGUAGGCCUUACCUACCCAAGGUACAAAUGCCAAUUUAACAGUGAGAGUCAAUCAUCACAUUUUGGAAAUGACCUUCUUUUACCUUAUCUUUUUUUUAAAAUGACAGCAUAUUAGGCAAAAAAACUUCACAUGGAAUUUAUCUGCUAUUUUCAAAUCUAGAACAAUUUUAACAGGUAAUAUGGUCAGCAAGUUUUUGCCCAGCUGCAAAUGAUUUAUUAUACUUUUUAACCACUA